AUGCCAAGUACGUCUACUCCAUCCUCUCCGAGCUUGGAACCAACCCCAAGACACACGCAAGCCAAGUCUAGCCAGAGCCGCCAUCAACGACUACAAGGGUUGACUACCCAGCUAUUAUGGCGUUUGCAACAAUCGUCACCUUUUCACUCAUCCACUACCUCUAACCUUGUGGUGCCUGUUCUUCCCGAGGCAGCCCUGGAAUUGGGUGUGCCCUCUAAACCGGCCCGCUUGCUUCCCGGUCUUGAAGAAAGCCAAGGUGCUUUGUAUGAGAUCGGUGUCGGCGAUGAUGGUACUUUCGUAGGCCUCACGCAGGAUGAGUUGGACGAGAGUGUGACCAAUCUACGGGCUAUGGCUGCUAGUAUUGGGUGUAAAGUUGAGAUCCUUCGCCGAGUUGUGGUUGGGGAGUGUGAAUGGGUUGAAGACUUGCCAUCUGAAACUGGGAACCAAACCAAGAACAACACUGAAAGUCUUUGGGUCGCCGAGGCUCUGGUGAGUCCCGACCUGGACUUCUACAAUAUCUCUCCAACCAAGUCCAAGAACGAUACGAAAUCUGCCGCACACCCAGAAUCUGGCAGAAAGUCAGUCAUGAAUGAGGAUUACUCCCAUACAGAGCAGAUUCGAAUUUCUCUCGCAGGUCCAAGCACCGCAGGAAAGACUUCCUUACUGGGUACGUUGACUUCGUCUGCGCUUGACAACGGAAGAGGCAAAAGCAGAUUAAGCCUGCUCAAGCAUCGACAUGAAAUAUCAUCGGGCAUCACCAGUUCGGUCGCCCAAGAACUGAUUGGGUACACGGGUGAGAUGCCACCAACCGUGAUUAACUAUGCUUCCGGUAAUGUUGCGGGUUGGGAUGAUAUUCAUGCCGCCUCGAAGGGAGGUCGUUUGGCUUUUGUGUCCGAUCUACCGGGCUCUAUUCGAUAUUUGAAAUCUACCCUGCGAGGGCUUAUCAGCUGGGCUCCACAUUAUGUGAUGUUAUGCAUUCCAGCCAACUGUGGCAAUGAGACAUCUGGCAGCGAACAGACAGGAACUGAACAAUCGGAAAUUGAUACGUGUCUGUCAUAUCUAGAGCUUUGCCUAAAGUUGGAGGUUCCUGUGUUGAUUGUCAUCACCAAAUUGGACGUUGCUUCCCGCAGUGGACUACGGGAUAGCCUUGGAAGAGUUCUUUCUGCGCUUAAAACAGCUGGGCGCCAACCUGCAAUGCUACCUGCAUCGCCUGCAGGUGACAAACCACUUGACCUUCAGCAAGUCAGCACGUUGGACAGCGCCCAAGUACAGAAAGUAUGCGCGGCGGCUGAUGGAAAAUGGGCAUAUACCGUACCUAUCAUGCUUACCAGUGCUGUGGAUGGCACUGGCAUUGGAAAACUUCAUGCCUUCCUCCGCUCUCUUCCCAUUCCCCCACGACCCUCCCAAAGAACUCUCCACAUCCCUAAAGGGCUGCCAAUACCCUCCCACAGCCCCACUAAUAUCUUCGAUGUGGAUGAAGUGUUUGCAAUCCCUCCCUCCAAAGUCUAUUCACUGGACUCGGAGAAGGGCGGCCAAGAGAACCGCGGCAUGGUUCUCUGCGGCCUAGUCCGGCGCGGGAAUAUUUCCAUCGGCGACGAAAUGGUCAUUGGCCCCAUCUUAGUGGACGUUCCAAACGAUCUAGGCAAUGAGCCCCAACCACCCGAAGGGUCACUGUCCCGCAGUGGGCCCGGCCCGCCGGGUGAUUUCCCGGCCUCCUUCCCGCAGACUUCCUUGUCCGGUAAAGAUUCCCAAGCAAGAUGGCAGCGUAUCCGCGUUGUCAGCGUAAGAGACCUCCGGCUUCCUGUCCGCCGCCUAAUUAGAGACCAAGUCGGAACCAUCGGAAUCGAACCCAUCGGGGUUUCAGACGAUGGCCGUCUACCGCGUUUCGGCCGGAUCCGCAAGGGCAUGAUUCUCUCGAACUUCCACGACCCACACUCGCACUCGAAUGGUACCUCAUUACUAGCGCUCCCCUUUCACACGGGCUUUACCGCUACCUUCCGGUCCACUGAGUUCUCGGCUCCAAAUUCACCUCCACUCUUGCUUGGCGGUAACGCCAUUGCCUACAUCGCCAAUAUCCGAGCUACCGUCCGUGUCAUUUGCAUGGCGUUAACUGGGCCAGGCGAGGACAUAUCUUCCGAACCGGGUUCCCCGUCAGAGCCUGAAUUCUUCAGCUUUGACGGCGAUCCUCAUUCCCCUAGUGAGAAAUCAAACGGCAGUACGAUACCAAGCAAUACCGAGGGCGGCGCACGUGAUGUACUUCGCCGCCGUCCCUCGGCAACAGAUAUCAGCAAAGUAGUGUCUGGCAUUUCGUCUGCUUCCAUUGUCGGAGCUGCUUCUUCCGCAGAAGCCCUGAAAGAAGACGUCAAGAUUACCUUUGCGCUGGUGUCGUCUGUUGAAUGGGUGGAACUUGGCUCUCAGGUUCUCGUUAUGCCUGGUGUUUCCAUGGCCUCUGCCCCGUCCCAUUCUGGGGCUACGGUAGCGUCUGCGCCUGGUUCUAGCUCUGCUUCUGGGACGCUGUCCAUGUCGGGUUUAGAAGGGUUUGUGGGGACUGUCUGUGAGAUUGUUCCUGGGAGAGUUCCAGUUGCGGAGAGCUAG